AUGAAAUCGUGGUACUUGAGCAUUUCACGAUGGCCUUUCUUCUUCUCAUCGUUUUUGCCUCUCAUUUCCCCGUUUACAACAUGGGUUAACUACGCCGAGGACGCUGCUCGUUUAAAGCAACCAAAGCCAUCGACAUGGUCCGAGAAACCGAUGGGACAAUGGUGUCGGAAUACAACAAAUGAUUUGCACACUCAAUGCCCGAGAGCCUCUGUAGCUCAUGAGUGGUAUUGUUGCGGAGAGAGUGGAGCCGAGUGUUGUUUCGCCGUGCAAGGAUGGGUCUACCUGCUCACCGGUUGUAUCCUUUUUGUCGGUCUUGCCACUCUCAUUUUCCAUCUACUUCUGCAUUUCGGUGUCAUCUGGCCGACCGAGCGAAAAGUCGAAUUGAAAAAGUUUAAGGUGAUCGAGGAGAAGCCACAUUUGAUCACCACUCCA